UGGCUACAACACUCAAACAACGCCCCCGCACAAAAACCUUUUUUUAAAGUAUUUCCUUGUAAGGAGACAAAAAAUACACAAUACAUGUCUUUCUCCACGCAACCACCGUGUUCCUCCGCAACAACCACCGUGGAACCCUCCAUUGCUACCUCAAUCUCCACCAUCCACCCGGACAUCCUCCAAGCCCACAUCCUAAACCGACUAGACGGCCCCUCCUUGGUCUCCACCGCAUGCACUUCCACCGAACUAAAUUCACUAGCAUCCCAACAAGACUUAUGGACCAACAUAUGCCACUCCAUUUGGCCUUCCACUAACACGCCACGUAUACGCGAAAUAAUCUCCCGCUUACCCAGCGGCUGGCGCUCUCUCUUCUCUGAAUCCUUCCCUCUCACCACAGGCCCCCGGGUAAAUCCCCCACGAGACCACGACCAUCCAUCAGAACUGAUCUCAGCCGUCGAUAUUCAUUACAAAAAUAAGCUGAUUUUUUCCAAGGUUGUAGAAACAGAGACCUCAAGCUCGUGGUUUUUGUGCUCGCCCUUCAGAAUCGACAUGCUUGAUCCGAAGGACACGUGUCCGACUCCCAUACCGAAUUCAGGUUCUGAGGAAACAUGCCGCGAUCUGGCUGGUGAUUUGAGUUUGAGCUGGAUAUUGAUUGACCCGACCCGUUUACGGUCGGUGAACCUAUCGAGUCACAAACCGGUGUCGGUUCAGAGGCAUUGGCUGAGCGGCGAAGUGCACGCGCGGUUUGCGACAGUGUUGGCGGCAGGAGAGAGAGGAUCAGCAUCAGAGAGUGUGCAGUGUGGGAUAGUGGUCACGUGCGGAGGGGGAGCCCAAGGAGGGGAGAUGCACGUGAGGGGAGUGAGCUUGCAAGUGGAGGAUAUGGAUGGUGUUUUCUUAAACGGGAAGGGUAGUUUGGGUGUUUUGAAUACGGGGUUUGAGGGUAAAAAGGGAAUGAGCGGGAGGAGGGAAAUGGAGGGACGGAAAAGGUACGGGAUGUUUUUGGAAAUGAAGAGGGAGAGGAGGGAGAGGAGGUUGAAGAAGGAAGGGGCUCUGGACAUGCUGUGUGUGUCUUUCGGGGUCAUGGCUCUUGUCUCUCUUGGGUUAUUUCAUCUGCUGAGAUGAACUUCAAUCAUAAUUUUCCCAGGUUGUAAGAGUUGUUAAGGGGGAGGGUGGAGAGAGGGAGUUACAAAAACACACUCCUAUCAAACAAGUGUACAGGCGAUAAAAUUGUUAUUCUGUGACACUCGUCGGUGGAGCCAAGCAGUUAAUUAGACGGCAGAGGGGAUGUGGAGAUGCAUGUUGUGUCUCGUUCUCAUCUUCUAAACGCUGCGUUGCAUGUAUUAAAACUCAUUUCAAUAAUAUGGUCUGGAAUUAAGUUCUUGUCAA